AUGACAAAAGUCCCUGCUCAAACGUCCGGUCCUAGGCGACCGUCCGGUGCCAUUUUGCGGAACACCCGACCGCGCGUCAACGACAACAUCCCGGAUCCCCGCGAAGCGCUCGAGCUCCAGCGGAUCCAGACACGUGAGGACAACGAGCUGGACUACUCAACGCCGUCUGCUUCUUCCGGCGAUGAAUAUCACGUUGUGACGCGUCGCACUACGGCACGCGCUCUCGCGUCACGUGCCGAUGCCGAGCGUCGCCGGCAAGCUCGAAAGGGGGCUUGGGGCAAGCUCACCCGGUUUUGGACGCAUAAUAUUACUCUAACAGUGGCGCAUAAGAGCAGUCGGGAUUAUUUCGCCUUGGAGAGAACAUUCCUCGCUUAUCUGCGGACCUCCCUUACCGUUGCCCAACAAGGCGUGCUAAUUGCACAGCUGUUCCGUCUGCAGGCGGCGGAGGAGUUGGCGGACCGUCUUGGGUUUGGUCAGGUCGGUACACCCCUGUCGGUCGCGUGUCACUGUGUGGCUAUUAUCGUGGCUUUGGUUGGGGCGUAUCGAUUCUGGAGGCAGCAGAAUGCUAUUGCUAGGGGUAGGGUCUAUGCUGGAGGCUGGGACAUGAAUUCUGUGGGGGUAUUACUGGGUUGUAUCACUAUAACGGUGUUGGUUGUUUCCGUUGCUAUUAUAGUCGAGGUCGACGUUCACCCGUCUAUAUUUUUUCGACGAAUAUUAGCCAGCUGA